GGGGGUGUCAGGAUCAAAGCCUCGGAGGCGGAAGAGGCUUUUAGGCUCGGCUGGUCUUCACUGCCCAUUUUGCAGGUGAGGACACUGAGGCUGGGCGGGGGGGCCGGCAUAGCCCCCUCCAGGGAAGCCCGGUGGCCGCCGUACAGCGCCGAUGCCGGGCAGUCCGGGGGUGCGUGCGGGGGCCUGGCUCGGGCUGCCCUGAUGAGAAAGGGGGAGGGGAGAUCCCAGGGUGGGGGCACCCCUGCCCCACCCCCUGGCGCAGGGCGUGUCCGGAGCCGGCCCCUUGGGCCCCUGGGGGCACGUGCGCGCUCCCGACUCCUCCCCUUUCUGUCCCCACCUUUCCCGCGGGGCGUGGUCGCUGACCUUAGCCCCCUCCCCCCCAGCCCGCCACCCCUCUGCUUGUGUGCUGGAAACAAUGUAUCUGCCCGUGGCCAGCCUAAUAACCGGAACCGCUGAAGCCCGAGGAGCCCGGCCAAGGUCAUGGGGAGCCUGAGCUCCCGCCCCCAGUGCCCUGAGGCGGCUGUGAGGGCCGGAGGGAGGCGAUUCCCCCUUCCCCAGCAGGCGGAGGGCAGCUGAGGAUGCGUGGGGGGCUCGGCGGUGCCCGACAGAUGGGGAGGGCCCCCUCCUUGUAACCCUCGGCUCUUCACAGAGCGGGGGUUCUGCGGUGGGCCGGAGAGGUGGGAUGCCAGAAUUGGGGGCCGCGUGGGAGAGCUCUGGGCCCGGGGGUAGUGACCCACCUCCACACCCGUCCCCCAUCCUCCCCCAGCAUAUGCGCAGCUACCCAGCCCCGUUUCCGAGGCCUCCCCCCAGCAUUUGUCAAAAACUCAAAGCCCAAACCCGCUACACUGAAAGCCCAGGCAGCCCGUCCGGGGGCCCCGAGAACCAGCGGGCCGGGGAGGGGACGGGGAGAGCCCGGAGCCCCUUCCCCAAGAGCUUGGUGACCUCACGCACGCCACAUCCUGCUCUGUAGCCGCAGGAGCUGCUCCCCGGAGCCCCCAGGCCCGGGGAUCCAUUGCUUGGUUAGCACGUGCGUGCAGCGCAGUAGAGGCGCAGUCAACGUUCUUUGAGUGGUUAUCAAGUGGCGGGAUCUCCUCGUGCCCGCGGCCCCCUCGGGCCUUGGCUCCACCCUCGUGGCCCCCUGCACUGGCUGGAGCACCUCUCCCCCACCCCGGGGAGCAGCCAUGUCCAGAAUGGAGCCACUCUGUGGGAGCCCCCACGAUGUCCUAGGGGUGACGCCCCCUCACUUCCCUGUCUGUUGUAUCUCCUGCUGGUUGGACCUGUCAACGCCAGGGAAAGUGCCAAGUGCCUACUAUGUGCCCAGCCCUAGGCAAAGCUCUUUACAAAUACGAUCCCACGGUUCCUCCCUCAACCUUGGGAGGUGUCGGCUAUUGUUAUUUCCAUUUUGUGCUUGAGGAAACUGAGGCAGGCACAGGUCGCGGGUAGACUGUGAUUCCUGACCCCAGCAGGGGAGGGUAAAGACACCAUCCACUCCUGGGGUUCCGUCUUCCUCAGGCUGGAGCCGUAUCCUGGGGUCCUCAGCGCAAACCCCCGGCCCUGAGUGGGCCGGCUCUCCUGGCUUCCGGGGGAUGGGGCCAGAAUCAGUCUCUGUGGGUGUCCGCGUGUCCUUGUAUCUUUGCGUGUGUCCUUGUGUCUGUGUUUACAUGUGCCUCUGUAUCUCUGUGUCUGGGUGUGUCCGUGUGUCUGUGUGGGUUUGGGUGUCCCUGAAUCGCUGUGUGUUUCUGUGUGUGUCCACGAGCCUCUCUGUGUAUUUCUGCCUGGGGGGCUGGGGGCUUCUCACAGCCCGGCCACUCCUGAGCCCUGUCCCUCCCGCAGGCGUUUCUGACCCGGGCUGCCCCUCCCUGAGCCCAGAUGGAGGAGGAGCGGAGGAGGCCUUCGGGGGGCCUCGGGCCCCGCCUGCAGGAAUCGGUGACGUUCAAGGACGUGGCCGUGAACUUCACGCAGGAGGAGUGGCGGGAGCUGGACACUUCCCAGAGGGAUCUCUACUGGGACGUGAUGCUGGAGAACUAUGAGAACCUCGUCUUCCUGGCCGGGCUUCCCGCUUCCAAACCAGACGUGCUUUCUCAUUUGGAGAGGGGAGGCGCCCCGUGGCCGCAGGAGGGGAAAUUCCCGGGAGACCUCUUCCCAGAUUCCCUUAGUUUGGAGAUUAGGUGUGAAACCAAGGAUUCCACAGCAAAUCAGGGUGAUUGUACAGGGGUGUCCUCUAAGAAGAAGUUGUCAAAGGAUGGGCCUUGGGAUUUCAAGAUAGAAGAAGCUUGGGAGUUUGAUGUCAGGGUAGAGAAACAGAAGGACCCAGGGGAGAAACAAUCCAGACAAGUAACAGUUUCCAACAGAGAAGCUUCUAAGGUGAAUGCCCGGGAAUGUAAAAUAUUUGGGGAAAGUUUCAGUCUGAGCUCGUUGUUUGUACCGCAAGAAGCACUUCCUCCAGAAAUUAAUCAAGUUCGCCCUGGAGACCAACCCUAUGUGUGUAAAGAAUGUGGGAAAACCUUCAGCCACAGAGGAAACCUUAACAAACACCAGAGAGUUCACACCGGAGAGAAACCUUUUGAGUGUAUCGAAUGUGGGGAUACUUUUAGCCAGAGGCGAAACCUGAAUGCACAUCAGAGAAUUCAUACUGGAGAGAAACCACAUGAGUGUAACGAAUGUGGGAAAGCCUUCACCCAAAGAUCACAUCUUACCCAGCAUCAGAGGAAACACAACGGAAAGAAACCGUAUAAGUGCAAUGAAUGUGGGAAAGCCUUCAACCACAAGGGCAAUUUGAAUAGACAUCACAGCAUUCACACUGGAGAGAAACCCUUCGAAUGUAAUGACUGUGGGAAAGCCUUCACCCAGAGAAGAGACCUGAAUGCACAUCAAAGAAUCCAUACUGGAGAAAAACCCUUUGAAUGUACUGAAUGUGGGAAAGCCUUCAACCUCCGGGGAAGCCUUAAUCAGCACCAGAGAAUCCAUACAGGAGAGAAACCAUUCGAAUGUAGUGAAUGUGGGAAAGCUUUCAGACAGAGGGGAUACCUUAUUUAUCACAAGAGAAUUCAUACUGGAGAGAAACCAUUUAAAUGCACUGAAUGUGGAAAAGCCUUCAGACAGAGGGGGAAUCUUAGUGAACACAAGAGAAUCCAUACAGGAGAGAAACCCUUUGAAUGUAAUCUUUGUGGGAAAGCCUUUCGAAACGCCUUAUGCCUUACUCAGCAUCACAGAAGUCAUACUGGAGAGAAACCUUUCGCGUGCACUGAAUGUGGGAAAGCCUUCAACCACAGGCGAAACCUUAAUCGACACCAGAGCAUUCACACUGGAGAGAAAACUUUUGAAUGCAGUGAGUGUGGGAAAGCUUUCAGCCAGAGGGGAGACCUCAACGCACAUCAGAGAAUUCAUACCGGAGUGAAACCCUUUGCGUGUAACGAAUGUGGGAAAACCUUCAACCACAGGGGAAACCUUAAUGUACACCAGAGAAUCCAUACUGGAGAAAAGCCCUUUGAAUGUAAUCAGUGUGGGAAAGCUUUCAGCCAAAGGGGAAGUCGUAACCAGCACCAGAUAAUUCACACCAGAGAGAAACUCUUUUGAGUGUGAUGAAUGUGGAGUAACUUUUUAAGGUACAAAUGAACACGGUAAUGAGAAUCAGAGAUUUCAUCAAAAUAAGGAAUUAAGGAAAGGCUUCAUGUGAAGCCUUAGGAAACAUUACCUAAUUUAUAUGAAUAAAAAGCUUUAUAAAUGUCAUGAUCUUGGGAAAAAACUAUAGGAUACACUAGCUCUCAUCAAACCUCGGAGAUUCCAUACAGUGGGGAUGUAAUAAUGUGGUUUCUACUUCAUAGAGAACUGCUGUUCUCUCUGCUUUGGCUCUUAAGAUUUGGGUCGCAGGACCAUUUUUAUCUCAGCAGGUUAUUUGGUAAGACGCUUCUAUUUUCAUUUUUGUAAAUUAUGUAACAUGGAGUCAAAUUGUUCUCUAAGUAUUUGAUAGAAUUCAUCUGUAUCUGGCAUUGUUCCACUCCUCCCCACCUCCAUCUUGGGAGUUUGUUUAUGGUUUAUUCAGUUUCUGCUGCUAAGAUUCUAUUUUUUAUGACUUGAUCUGUUCAUCUGGGUAUUUUCUGGUUUUAUAAAUAUUAAUUUCACUUUAGUUUUCAGAUUUUUGUUAUACAAUUACAUAUGGUUAGUUUAUGAAAAUGCAUUUUAUUUUCUGCAAAUUCCUCCUGAUUGUUUUUAAAGUUUUGUGAUGUGCAAUUUAGCUAAUGUUUUGUUUUAUUCAUCUUUUAAAAAUUGCUGCAAGUAUCAUUUGUAAUUUUCCUAAAGUACAGAUCUAAGUCACUCUCCUAAUUAGUGACCCCCAGGGGCUUUCUGUUGUUCCAGGAUCAAAUCUAAGCUUCUCUGACCUGUCUUCCCACCCUUGCACAUCACUCCCCUUCUAGCUGGCUGUAUUCCUUGUCCACAGCUUUCCCCCUCCUGGAUUUGUGCCUUUCCCCCAUUCCCAAAAGGUGUUCCUACUUCACCCUUGUGUCUGCCUUGUAGGAGACUUUGCUUCCUUCAGAACUGCUCCAGACAUAUUUCUACUUGAAUCUUUUCCUGGUCCCCUCUGUCACUGAUGCUCGCUCACUCUCCCAUGUAACCUCUAUUUAUUUUGUAUAUACUUAUUUAUAUAAGUGGUGUCUCCCCUGUAGAAUGUAAGCUCCUUUGAGGACAGGGAUGGUUUCAUUCUUAUUGUUGUGUCCCCAGUGCCUAGCCUAGUGCCUGGCAGUUAGUAGGCAGUCACCCAAGAUUGUUGGUUGAUGAAUGUUUUUCCUAUUUAGUUGCAUGCUCAAUUUAUUUAAUCUCGUUUUCUCUCUUUCUUACUGAUGUAGGCUUAUCUUUAUCUAUAGAUGCAUUUGUAGCUGUUCCCCUCUAAGGACCACCUUGGCUUCAUCCCAUAAGUUUUAUUGUGCUUUUUAUAAUUUUCUUUGAUAUAAUUAUAGUUUCUAUCUUUUGUUCUUGACCCACUCAUUAACAGUAUAUUGUUGAAGUCUGGAUACUUUCUUUAGAUUUUUCAUAUUAAUUAUGAUUUUAUGGGGUUGUAGUCAGUAAUCACAGACUACAUACUAAAUAAAAGUCCGCCUUUUAAAUUUGUUCAUGGGUUCUUUCUGUUAUUGUGUAAUUAAUUUUUGUGAGUUUGAAAAAAAGUGUAGUUUUUUUGAUUCCUAUUCAGUAGUCAUCAAUGGUCUGUCAUGCCUUAUUUUUUAAUAUUCUAUUCAAAUCCUUAGGUUUUUUUUUUUUUUAGCUUUUUUUCUGUCUUUAAGUCCUCAAUGAUGAUUAUUUUUAGCUAACUUUUUUUUUCUUAAGACUUUAAAUGCUACGGUAUUAAGUACAUAUGCAGUUAAUAUUCACAUUGUUUCAUGGUCUGUGGUAUUGCUGUGCAUAAGGUUUCCUAAUUAUCUCUUAACUGUAUGUUUUUAUUGUUGCUUUAUCUUUGAUCAUGAUUGCUACUUGUUUUUUUUUUUUAUUCUGCUAAGACAUUGUAUAUAUCUAUUCGUUUUCACUUCAUAGCGAUGAUAUUUAAGAUGUUUCUUGUAAACAACAAAUCGUUGGAUUUUCCUUUCUUUUUCAAUUUUCCAUCCCCAUCAGUUUUAUGGGUGACUUGUUUCACUCAUGAAUAUUGAUACAGAAAUGUUAAAUAAAAUAUAACCAAAGAG